GUGGCCGGGGGACGACGCGCUCGGCGACGGCGACCCCGACGUGCAGCUCCCGAUUACUCGGAAGAGGACGACGAUGAGGACGAGGAUGACGACGACUCGGCCGUGGACCACCCACCCAAACGCAAACGCGGCCGCAAGAAAAAGGAAGCUCCGCUUUUGGAGCCUAAGGUGCUGUUAGACGAGCGUGGCAGCGAUCCGGACUUUGAAGGUAGCGUCCGAGGCGCAGAUGGGGCCGAUGCGGCCGAGGAUAGCGCCGAAGAGUGGGAUCCGGACGUCAAACUCGAACCCGGGGGUGGUCUGGACGGUGGCAUUCGUAUCAAGAAAGAGUCGCUGGAAGAUGGCGACGCGCCGUCGUUACCCGAGUUGGGCUUGGGCUCGCUCACCAAGAUCUCGGUCGAUGAUGUCGAUCUCUUCCGUCUUCAAUGUCCGGCCGAUAAAGUGGCUACCACCGAGGCCGACGGUCUGUGCCAACACUGCCAAGAAUCGCACGAGAAUUGGCAGGCCAAGUUGGUGCACAUCAUGCAACAACACGAUCCGGUCAAUGCCGAUCCGGCCAACCCCAUUGGCCCCUAUCAAUGCCCAGCGGAUCAUGCUUAUCUCGACGUCCACGUGGUCGAGGAUCACGCCCAACAUCAUCAUAAUUUCGACGGGGAUGCCAUGUGGCGCGAGUUCUGUCUCGUCAAUCGAGAAAUCCUCCCGAAAUCCGCCGAUGCGGAUGGCAAGUCCGUUUGUAAAGAUGGACGACUCCAAUGUGUGAUGUGCGGUCUCUUGUGCAAAGGACCCUUUGAAUUUUACUUUCAUCGCCAGUUUCAUCAUAAAAUGGGCCAAGAGUGCAAGCGCUGCCCAUUCUGCAAAGACACCGAUCCCUAUUCACCCGAAAUGGAUUGGACUUUAUUGUGGCAACACAUUUUGCGGGGUCAUAUGGGACUCACAGACUACACCUUGCCCAAAGUCAAUGCCCUGGGCCACAAACGCUCGUACAAGAAGCAGGUUCGCAAAGAGGAAGACCGUGAACCGUCGCGAAAACUUUUAGAGGAGCAUUAUAAUCUGUAUCAAGAGUUCUACGACUCCAAUGAGCCAGCUUUACGAACUAUGGCCGAAGCUUUACUUUAUUCCGAACAGUAUUUAAAAGCCACCCGCCGUCUCGAUCACACUUCCGAUCAGAACCUGGUCAUUCAAGAGAGCUUCAAAGUGCUUGAAUUAGCUAAAAUACCGGCCAAUAUUGUUUCUCAGGACGAGUUGACCCACUGGGAUACGAUCAAGCUGAAAUAUGAAAAGAAUUUUGAGGUGAUUCGAGUGCCUGGAGAUGCAACGUGUUUUCCGUGCAACAAGAAGUUCGAAUCCGCCGAAGACCGAAUAGCCCAUUUCUUUGCGUGCCAUAUGCCCGAAGGGAUAUUUGCUUUCUCAUGCAGUUUUUGUGACAAGGGCAUGUCCGAUUGGAAGCAAGCCAAGAAGCAUCUGUUGGAACAUAAAAAAACCAAUAAUUGGUUGCGCGGAGAGCCGGACAAGGAGGGUAAAGUGCCUCUGAAGCUCAAAGACGACCAUGUACACUAUCAGUGCUCUCAGUGCUUCCUGAUAUGUGCCACCGAAAUCGGAUAUUGGUAUCAUUGGAAGCAACUUCACGAUCGGAAGAUUCCGCCCGCCACCAAGUGCCAAUUGUGUACCAAGAAAAUCCGAGGUGCCCUCAGUCUAGCUCGUCAUGUGAUCAUUUCCCAUGCCAAGUACAAUUAUAAUUGCCCUCUAUGUGACCAAAGUCUCAAAGACCAUGAUAUUUUCAAAGACCAUUGCAAACAGCACAUCAAGAGUGAAAAUGUGUACGAGGCGGAUGCCAACUACAGUGACUUCGACCGGAAAGGCCGAUUGAAGAAGGAAUUCCAGGUCCAAAAAGUGGACCGUCUCAAAUGCGAGUUCUGUCAAAUUGAGAUUGUGGGUCCUCGCAACUUGAGUCGCCACAUGUUCAGCUCACACAACAUCCACUUGGAGACACCUUGUCGUGUGUGCAACAAGGUGUUCCCCACUUUCCAGGCAUUCUCCGAUCAUAAUUUGGCUGAGCAUUGCAAAACUGAAACUUGUCACUUGUGCGGGCAACAAUUUCGCAACAAGCACGGCUUUUCCAAUCACAUGAUCAACAAACACGGUGGGGAAUCCGAUAAGAUGUACAUGUGUGACAUUUGCUCACGGACUUUUGCCAGCAAACAUCAUCUGAAGACCCACAUGACAACCCAUACUGACGAGAAGUCCUACCUCUGCCCCCAUUGUGACAGAGCAUUUAAAUGGGGAACCAGUCUGACCAGCCACAUCAGAGCGGUCCACACCGACUCGGGCUAUACCUGUAAGAUUUGUGGGAAACUCUUCAAGGAUAAGAGCAAUCUCAAGAAUCAUUUGUAUACUCAUUCCGUGGAAAAGCCUUACAAUUGCUCGAAAUGUGGCAAAGGCUUCAUUCGCCGAGAUACGUGCCAUUCCCAUGAGAGGCAAUGCAACUCAAACUUUCAAUUGGGAACAUUUUAGAAUCUCCUACCGACUAGCUAGAAGUGAAUUGCAGAUAUUUUUUUCUUCUCUCUCAUCAUUUGAUCUAGAAAGCCUCUCAGUUAAUUCGUUUUAAGAGCGAAACGAAGUAAACUUUCUUUUCCCACCUACCAACCCAUCCCUGAAAUGCUCAAAUCAACGAAAGUCUCUCAACGCCUUGCAACCUAAAACUCAAUGAUAUUAUUAUAACUCCCAGAGAGAACGAUCGCAAACAAUUUGAAUAUGUCGUUCACAGAUUGAACGACUACUACUCUUACUUACCAUGUACAUUAUCCGUAGAUUAUGUCAAGAGAAUACAUGCCAGCAAUAAUGUUCCGAUCGCAA